GUCGUUUUCUACCUGAAAAGGCGAAAGCAGCGAUAUGUUUACAACAGUUUCUCCCACGACGCAAGAGGGCUCCUGCUGUAUCAAGCCACGAGGUUAAACCCAACACCGUUAUCGAGAAAACUCUCGCUGCUGUGUCUUCUUUGGCACCCCGUCCACGGCAACGGCUGAGUUCGCUAUAAAUCGACGGCACGCGAGCCCGUCCGUCCCGUGCUGAAGCACUGAAGAGAAAAACCAGUUUCUAACUCACGCUUUUCCAUGCACAACAUUGCUUCUUCGUUCGAUGCACAAAUGCCUUUUGUCAUUCGCGGGGAGCGAGGCUUUUGUGCCUUUUCUCGCGCCCGUCGGACUGCAGCCCUCCAUCGACUGACGUUGUACGGCAAACCGGCGGGAAGUUGACGGUGUGGCGGUGAAUUUUUUCUAUCCACUGAUAUUUGGCUCGUGUGGCUUUCCCGUCGGAAGCCCCGAUUUUCCCCCACCUCGGCAACAAACACUGGGAAAGACAAGUUGACUGGCAAUCACUGGACUCUCUGUAGCUCGAGACCGAGAGAAAACUAGCAAGGAAAGCCACGAGAAGGGAGCAGCUGACUGUCGCGCGACUUGCCGUCUGGCGCCUCUCUCUUUCCAACGGGAAUCGCAUGGGCUUAAAGUCGCGACGGACGUAGCUGGACAGCGAAAAAAAGGCACACCUGCGCCCACUGAACAGCUUCUCACUAGGUGUCUGAUCUCUUUUUUGGUGCAUGCGGGUCUUGGCGUGAAACGCAGGAACUCCGAGAGAAGCGUCUGUGGACUACGGUUUUUCGAUUAUGUUCUUCCUCUUUCCACUGUUCGCCGUUCCCUCCAACCGAAUCCGGCGUUCAACACAGUAAACAGGGCUGCACAAGGCGUUUUCCGUUUUAUGCGCCUCCGGUUCGAUCUUAUCACCGUCGUUUUCCGUCACUGUCGUUUUCAGUAUCCGGAAAGCGACAGUGUUUUUGUCCCCAAAAUCCCACACACUUCCUCCUUCUUGUUCUGCCUGCUGGUCCAUCUGAACUAGCGAGAUGGAGUCGAAGCCAGGCGUACAUACACCUGACCACGUGUUUCUCGCUUGGCGGGGCCAGCAGGACUCGCAGUGACCUCAGGUGCCACCGAGUGUGGCGAUGAAGAACGACUUUCCGCUCCUCCUGGGCCUCGCAGGACUCCAGACGGCGAAUGAAGAGGAGAGUAAGUGAAAAAGGGAAGGAACUGCAUUCUCUUUGUGGAGAAAAUGGAGCAAACGGACACAGAAAGUGGUUGCAGAUACGGUGGCACGGCUGCGGGACGGAGAGCGAGUGGAGCGGAGACCUUUUUUUCGUACGCCUUUGCGGGCAAAGAGGACGCAGACACACGGUGGCGUCCAAACGGAGAUGUGUGCCAUUGGCAGAAGGGAAUUCCACCGGCUCCAGACGUUCAAGCACUCGAGAGCAAGUCAAGAGGUUGUCGCAGACGAGAUACCGGAGAGUCUUGCCCUCAGACAUUCAGAGAGCAGGAGUUUCAGCAGCGCGGCUCACGAGGAGAAGCGAAGCGUCAAUCAGGAGGAGUGUGGGAAAGACGCCUGCUGGAUGGCAAUGUGGAAACAGACAGAAGGACUGAAACAGACGAGUCAAAGCUUCAAUGUAUGCGGGGCUGGCAGAGACAAAGCGGACGAAAAGAAUCCUCUCUGGCUCAAACUCCCGCGAGAGCAACAGACUCUGCUUCGAUGGCUGCGGUCAACGACUGCGAGAAAAGAAGCAACGCUGAAGACCUCUCAGACACUUGGGGGGAAGUGCCGUUCGAGAACCUUUCUGAAGCGUCCCUGGAUACUGCGCUCGAGGUUUACGUACACUCCAGCAAGGGCAUGGGGAAGCACGAAGGGAAAACGAAGAAGAGUGACGGCAUUCGCGUCAAGCCGACUACCCCCAGCUUCGAGUGGUUAGGCGGCGUUGCUCAGCGGGUGGAAGGGUCCUUCAAUUUCUUCACUUCGACUUUCGCGGACUUUGCUCUCAGGGCAGAGGAGCUUUUAGGAGAACGAACUGCCCCUCCCAGAGCCUUCGCAGCCGAAACCGGAGAGGCUUCAGCUGUUAGGGCUGCUCCCCACCACGAAGCGCGUUUUCUGAAAAAUCAAACAGAGGCGAGAAAAAUCGACGCGGAAGUCUGCGGGGAAACCGCCGUUGCCCCGUUGUUUGCCGAGUCUGCGUUCGCGGGGACACAGAGACAGGUGGGUUUUCUCUCGAUUGAGACACCCGACAAACAGGCCAAGCACGAGGAUCUACUCCACAAAGACAAAGAAAGCGAGCAGGAAGAGCGAUGCAGAGACCACGAGCGGGAGUGGACUUCAUUUCGCGUUGGGGCCCUUGACGGCGAAGCAUCUCCCACACACAGGUGCGACGGCAAGCAAGAGACACCUGGGAAGACACCUGAAAAGUUACCUCACGGCCGGGAGACGAGAGAGGAAAGUUUUUUCGACUCUUCUGAAAGACGACGCCAGAGUUGGAGCUCGGUCGUGCAUCCUCAGGUCUUGGAUUCUCCAGCCUCCGUUCACGCAGCUGUCUCUGCUUGCGACAUCUUUCCACGCUCAGAACCGACGCGUCUCCACUCGUUUUCCUCUCCGUCCUCAGGAGCUUCUGACUCUCCGGGGCCGCUUCUACCCUCGCCCAUCGCUGCCUCUCCUUCUCCCUCCACCUCCGUUCUUCCACAUUCUUUGAUCUUCCCUGAAGACCGAAGCGACAGUCUUUCUCCAGCACGCAGGGAUCGGCGAGGCUGGGGAGCAGAGGCUGUCUGCGUUUCGCAGGUACACAGGAGGCAGCUGCUCCUCGCGGCCUCGCGCUUCGCGGCGUCGGCAGAGACGCAGCCGACUGAGGGCUCUUCAGACACGCAGAACACAAAGCAUGAGGAGACUCUGGAGUCGGCGAGGACCCAGGCUCACGCGGCGUUCCUCCCCUUAACUUCGCCGCUCUUCACAGAGGAAGAACUAACCGUCUGGUCCUCGACAAAGUGCGGUCUCUGCGGCCAGCAAGUUCUUCAAGAGGACUUGGCUAGUCACUCUGCUAUCUGCAAUGUCGCUGCCUCUGCCGACGAAUAUUCUGUCAUUCACGAAGAUAAAUUUCUGGCGUCUGCCUCGGCACUGCCUGAAGAAGAUCGCAGAAACUACGUGGCGGAGAGGCGUCUGGAAGAGGCCCUCGAGGGCCUCUGUCUCGUGCGGCGGUGGGGGUGUGGGGAAAGCAGCGAAGAUUGUCUGAGGAGACUGCAGAGCUCCUUGGAGGAGAAGUUGAAGGAGGUACGCAGCCAGAAGGAAGAACGGAUACGGCAGAGGAGACAGCAGAGCAGACAGGAGGACUCGACAAGUGUGGGGAGACUGCAACUCCGCCGGCGAGUCUGUGUCGAGAGAAGAAAACCUCCGGUGUGUGCCGGAGACCCGAGUCCUCUCGGUCCUGUAUCUCCGGUGUAUCGUUCUUCUUCUCCUCACUUAGACUCUGCCUGCUCAGAAACCUCCGUCACAAAUCCCUCCGAGGCUGCGGCGCAAAGCUUUUUCGGAGGACUGCAGCGACGAGAAGAAUCGCAAGAGGCCUCUGACCGUUCCUCUGCUUUUGUUUCGGACAUGCUGCAUGCGACACACGAAACGUCCGCGACUGUCGCCUCUCUGGCUUCGAGAUACCAGGCUGCGUUUGCCAGCGCGCUGGCGUCUCUUCCUCGACUCUCUCCACGUUCUUCUUCCCUAGACACGAAGCCAGUGUGUUUUCUCUCUCACUCGUCUCCUCGUUCUUCCUCUUGUUCUUCUUCGUUUCCCUCCUCUCCGUCUUCUCCUUCUGCUUUGACGUCUCUUCCUCCGCCUUGUCCUUCCGCUCGUCCCUCCUCCUUUUCUGUUUCUGCUCCUCCUUCACAUUGUUCUCCAUUCUCUUCCUUAUCUUCCCCCUCGUUUUCUUCUUCUUCGCCGGUGUCUUGUUCUCCCUCAUCUUCUUCGGUUCGUCAGCAGGACUGUGAAGAACCGCUUUGGUGGAUGCCCGGCACCUUCGGCUUUGUGAUCGACAGCGGGUGGAUGCGGACGUGGUUUUUCUUCACUGGCCUCGCGAACCCGGGAGAGGAUGGACUCCUCGAGUGGCGUUUGCCAGCACUGUGGACAGAUCCGAGCUUCGACCAUCCCCGGCUGUACUGCGGCAGGCCUCCGGGUCCCAUCACCAACAAAAGUCUCUUAGAUGUGAAGGGGAAGAUUGUGGCAGGCCGGCAGCGAGGUCUGAACGCUGACUACCUGAUUCUGGAUGCUUCUGCAUGGACAUUCCUUCACCAGCGCUACGGAGGAGGUCCCCCUAUUAUUCUGUACAAUCCAAACCCCUGCGAGUUCGGUGACCUCUACGAGGGGUGUUUCGUAACUUUUGAGGGAGAGUGGCAGAACGGUCAUCCGUACACUGGAAAGGGCAAAGUUUUCGACCCUCUCUGCAAUCGCGGAUUUGAUGGAGAGCUGCGAGAAGGCCGGCUGUGGAAUGUGAAGCCCGGGAGCAAGGGCCUUCUUCCAGACGGGGGCAUUUUGUUGGGUGGGGCAUGCAUUCAAGGGAAAAUUCACGGACCGAAUGGGAAGUUGCUGCGGCGACGGAAACUUUACGUCGGCAAGUUCCGGAAAGGCAAGCUUCACGGUCACGGGCUGGUAGCCCGAGCUGAAGACGGCGUCGUUUUAGCGGAAGGCGUGUGGGAAAAUGGGAAACUAUGUGGCAUAUAGUUGCAGGAAAGGUAUCAUAAAAAAGCGGUUUCCUCCUACCUGCGCACUGAAACUAUUUUUGGCAUUCAUGCAACCUACAUACUGGGCUAAGCCGAGUCAGGCUCCCGCAUCUGCCGGCAAUGAGAACAAAAUGCCUUUUCCCAGAG